AGGGACAGGGACAGGGACUACGACAGAGAUCAGGACAGAGACAGAGACAGCGACAGAAGCCUGCGCGACAGCCCUCCCCUGAGAGAUAGCCCCCGCCUACGAGACAGCCCUCGCAUAAGGGAACGAAAGCGACAGAGCUUCGCGCCGGACGAAAAGUACCACGGAGAAGGGGGCCGCAGCAACGUCAACGGCCACGCGAGAAGACAGCAGAGCGUACCCCCCAACAGCGCCAACAACGGCGCGAAAAGGCAGAGCAUCACGGAGCGCCUCAUGAGCACCUGGACGGCAGCGCGGUCGGGCGCGGCGCGCGGCGCAGGGGAUCAUCCGCCGGGCGUAGGGGCCGCGGCCGCAGCCGCGUCGUCGACGCUCCCUUCGCGCCGCGCGUCGUCCGCCUCGACGGCGAGCAAGGCGUUUAACCCCGUCGGCAGGGUGCGCGAGUGGCUCGACACGUGUAACGCCGAGCACGGCGACCACUGCUCCGGUCCGCCUGCGGAUACGUGGCGGCCGAUAUGGCUGAUUGACUCGGUGAACCGGUGUCUUGUGCGCGCGAGGGCGACGGAUCGGUAUAUCGCGCUCAGCUACGUCUACGAGCCGCCGCUGCCUUCGUCGCGGGGUCCCGUGGAGACGUUACGGGAGAAUCUGGAGGUGCUGACGGCGAGUAUGGAUGAUGCGGAUAUACCGCAGACGAUUCUGGAUGCCAUGUGGUUGGCGAGGAAGCUGGGGAUCAAGUACCUCUGGGUCGAUCGGUUUUGUAUCGUGCAGGAUGAUGAUGUGGAGAGGGAGGAGUAUGUUAAGAAUAUGGCGUAUGUGUAUGCGAAUGCGUACAUGACCCUCGUGGCGGCCGCGGGCGACGCCGAGUCCGGGUUGACGGGCCUGUUGCGGAGGACGCCACCGCCAAGGGGCGCUGCGGGGAAGAAGCAUGAUGAUCUUGUGCUCUCGUCGCGGUGGGCGGGCCGGGCGUGGACGGUGCAGGAGGGUAUGUACUCGCGGCGAAAGGUGUAUGUUUUCGAGGAGACGGUGACGUGGGAGUGCCACUGCGACGCGUGGCAGGGGCCACCGGGCGCGGCGGGGGGCGGCGGCAGGUUCAGCAAGAUCCUCAAGGGCGGAGGGUUGGGGAGGCACGGCGGCGGCGGGGGCCAGUGUCUGUCGAGGACGUUCCCUGCGGCGACGGGGUAUUUGCACCCCGUGUGGCCCGACAUGGACGAGUACGCGCGGAUCGCGAUGGAGUUUAGCGCGCGGCGGGUGACGCUCAUGUCGGAUACGACGAGGGCGCUGCGGGGCAUCACGACGGUGCUGUCGCGGUCGUUUGCGGGGGGUUUUGUGUUUGGGAUGCCGGUGAGCUUUUUGGAUGUCGCGAUGCUGUGGCAGCCGAGGGCGAUGGUGCGGCGGCGGUUGAUGGUGCAGCCCGUGACGGGGAUGAAUCCGCUGCCGUCGUGGAGCUGGCUGGGUUGGCAUUAUGACGGUGUGCCUGCGGACUUGACGCUCUGGCGGGCGGCGGCGGAUUACGUCCAGGAGGCGCCGGCGCAUCAUCAUCAGGGCAAGAGGGGCGCCGAGAGGCGGUUCAAGAGUCCUUAUGCGUUCCGGUUGCGGGGGUUGGUGAGUUAUGAGCUCACGGACCGGGCGACGUACACGCCGUUGCCGAAUGACGGGAUGGCGUACCGGGAUCGGAGGCAUCGGAGGACGGUGCCGUUGCCUGCUGGCUGGUCGAGGAGCGGGGGCGGGUUCCGGUAUGCGGGGGACCCGGAGGUUGUGUUUCGGUACCCGGUGCCUGUGGCGGAGAUGGCUGGCGGAGGAGGGGGAGCGGAAGGGUUAUUGGGAGCGGGGACGUCGCCGUUUGGGGAUUUCUCGCUGAGCGCGACGCUGCUUUCGUUCAGCACGACGGUGGCGUAUCUGGACGUCGACUUCGCCAUUGCGAAGAACGGGGCGCCGCUUGACGCGAAGGCGGCCAACGCGGUGAACUCGGGGAACAACACGGGGCCUGGCACGGGACUGGUUGCGCCGGGACGGGGGUACGGCGUCCCGCUGGCGGUGGGGAAUAUCUGGUCGAGGACGGGCAAGUGGUGCGGCGUGGUGACGGCGCACGAUAGCUGGUUGGGCUUGCAGGGGGCGAACCAUACCGGGGAGGAGAAGCUCGAGUUCGUGGCCGUGUCGAUGGCGAGCGAGAGGGGAGGGAGUCAUGUCUUUGAUCUGGAUGCGUUCCGGGAUAAUAUGGACGAGGACGAGAUUGUGGACUUUGUCAAUGUGCUCUGGGUGGAGAGGGUUGGCGGGGUGUGUUACCGGAGGGGGCUUGGGCAUGUUGUGCAGAGAGUAUGGGAUGCGGUUGCGAGGGACCGAAUCGAGGUUCUUCUUGGGUAA